UUUAAAAAUGACUGGUUGUUGCAUAUCGGGAUGCAGAAAUAGAAGCGGAAAUGGCUUCUAUAUGAAAUGUUUUCCAAUAAGUAAAAAACAAAAAAUUAUAUGGUUGAAACAAAUUGGAAAAGAAAACUGGAAACCGAAACAAUAUUCAACAAUUUGUGAGGUUCAUUUUACUAAAGAAAUGUGGGAAAAACCGCGACAGGAUGGUUCUAGGAAAUUAAAAGCACAAGCAGUGCCAACAAGUUUUCCUCAUACAAAAAUAAAGAACCAAUCAAAAAUUGGACCACAUUGGCCAGACUAUUACUAUAGGGACUCUAGGCUCGGCUAA